UCAAUAACAAUGAUGACAGAGACCAGCCCAGAUUCGGAGGUGAAGAAUGCUCAAGAAGGAAGUCCCCAGCAGCAGCAGGAGGCAGCAGCAACUGGGCCAAACACAGUGAAUGGUAGCUCCACCAGCACAGUACACAAUCAGGAAGCUGACGAUAAUGAGAAACCAGGAGCCCACAGUGAUGCUAAACUUGGGGAGCGGGCUGUGGACAUGGAUGAAAAGGACUACAGUGAAGCAGAUGGGUUAUCUGAGAAGACUACCCCCAGCAAGGCCCAAAAAUCUCCUCAGAAAAUCACAAAAAAGUUCAAGAGUGCAGUCUGCAGGGUGACUCUUCUGGAUGCCUCAGACUAUGAGUGUGAAGUAGAGAAACAUGGUCGAGGUCAAGUACUCUUUGACCUGGUCUGUGAGCACCUUAACUUGCUGGAGAAGGAUUAUUUUGGACUUACAUUCUGUGAUUCAGAUAGUCAGAAGAAUUGGCUGGAUCCUUCUAAAGAAAUAAAGAAACAGAUUCGCAGUGAGUAG